AUGAGUGACGAAGAAGCGCAUAAUAGAGUGGAGCUGGACGACGUAGGUGUUCAAUUGGAGGAAUAUGACGAAGAAGAUCUUUUGGAGUAUGAUGAUGAAGAAGCCUCCGAGGAGCAAUCCCCUGAUGCCGAAGUUCGUAAUGCGGCAGAGACAUUAAUGAAAAGUAAAUUGCCGAAGGUCACUGUGAUGUAUGAAAACGCCACGUUCUUGCUGUUUGAAAUGGAGGAUGAGAACGAAAGCAACCACCCCAUAAUAUGUGAAAAUUCUGCUCUCUAUCAACGACCCAUGGGGGAAUUUAUGGAAUCAAUUCGCCAGUUUAUGGGAAGCCGUUAUGGUAGGUUAACAUUUGCUACAAAAGAGUUGGUUUUGCAAAUGAAGAGCCUCGAUUUGACACUUUUUGAAGAUAACGUUUACAACAACCAUAUUUCAUUCAACGACGUUUAUACUAUAUUCAAAAUCCUAAAGGAAAGAUCAGAAUCUGAUUUUGAAACCGACAUACCGACGCAUCUGGUUAUUGAAUUGACUACGAGGCCAAGGUUUGUCUCCCGUUAUAACGCUUUAGUAGAGCUUACUGAAAGCUCAGCCACGUUGAAGAACAUUAAACCGUUCUCUAACGACGAAACUCAUCCAUUGAUCUUGGAUGAUAAUGACCAAUCCGUUCACCAGAAUACGUCUGAGGUUAUUGUGAUGGACAUUGAAGAUGACGGAGAGGAAGAUUUUUAA